AGGCUGAUGGUGAGAUCAGAUGCCCGUCAGGGCUACUGUACCCAGCAUUACAUUAUUCGUCGCUUUAAGCAUGUUCUAGUUCGUGUCUCGUGACAAAGUGUGGUCCCCGGACCAGCAGCAGCAGCAGCAGCACCUGGUAACGGGUUAAAAAUGCAGAUCCCCACGCCUCACUUAAACAAGACUUCCCAGGUGGCUCACCUGUACGCUGAAGGUUGAGGAGUCCUGCUGUAGCAGGCAGGUAAUUGCUAGAUUCUUCAUGAGGAGACCAAAUCUGUCGGAGCAGUUUUAAUCACAUUGAACAGGUCCUGUGGGCAGGCAUGCUACAUGACUCUUCAUCCCAUGUGAUAGGUAUUAACCCCAUGGUAUGGGGCAUCUCCUGUCAACACGCUCAGAAAAGUGAAGUCCUUUGUCCUAGGGCUCUGUGUGAGUUUUGUCAGCAAAGCCAGUGUGCUGGAGCGCCUCGAUGGGCACUGGUUUUCAUGGUGUCUGGAGACCGUUUUAGAAUGGAUGCUCUCUCUGGACGAGAGGCUGAGUGGUUUCCUGCGUUCCACUGUCAGUUUAGCCCCUGGCAUCGCCUCACUGGCUUCGCACCCCAGUUUUCAAAGGACAGCAGAUACAGUCUGAAAGAUUCCGGUUCCAUGGCUGCAGAAACACAACACUGAAACUGGCCUCUGCGAGUUAAGAGCAGGUGUUCCUGUUAGAGACCCCACUGGGAACCUGAUGAAAGCUAAAAGAAUGCACACAGGUACAUCGCUUGGCAGCGUUCUCAAGGUUUCAGAGACUCCCGGAAGCCCAUCCCUAGAUGCAAGGUGGAAAGACCCCUACUUGAGGCAGCGCCAGGGAGCCAACAAGUGGGGGUGCAGAUGAACGCAAGAUGAUUUUGAAGCAAAGGACGUCAUGAAAGCUCAAGAAGAGAACCUUGUGGAGCUCACACAGCCCCCAGCCCAGAUCCAAGAUGGAAGGCAGAGGUGCUGCGUGUUCCUUGCCACUGAGGGGCAGAAGCCGGGGGCCCGUGUCCUUCCUUGGUUCUAGUAAAUAGACUGAGUGAUAUUCCCAGAGCUUGCCAGGACGAGGCCGUGCCUGCAUAGGAAGCAGAGGUCUCUGUUGAGACAGGUGCAUGCCAACAGGACCAGCUACCUCCAGCCAACUACAAAUCCCUUGUUCCAUUUGACCUUUAUGGCUCAUUCGCUCUGUCUUCUCUCUGAGAAACCCUGCAAGACCCCUCUCUUGAGAAGGCAGGGAGAAAAUGAACACACUUGAAGAAGGAGUUGCUGAAGUCCUUGCUUUCCAUUGCAGAGCCGUGUUGACAGCUUAUCUGCCUUUAGCCACCCCAGUCACCCUAACACAUAAGCCAUCUGGAGGGGUAUGUUGGGGUUUGGCUGUGUGGACCACAGCCAUUACCAAGGUGAAAGAGAGUCAAUAUUUAACUGGGAGCUCUGUGGACUAACAGACUAGAGCCUAAGAUCUUGCAUCAAACAUUUUCUUGCCUUUGUUCCUGAUGGAAUCCUGUGCGGUUACUAGACCUAAUUAUGAGUGAUCAAAUCAAAUUCAUUGUGGACAGUCUCAAUAAGGAGCCUUUUAGGAAGAACUAUAAUUUAAUCACAUUUGAUUCCCUGGAGCCAAUGCAACUGUUACAAGUUCUCAAUGACGUUCUGGCUGAGAUUGACCCAAAGCAAGUUGUUGAUAUCAGAGAAGAGAUGCCAGAGCAGACAGCCAAACGGAUGUUGAACCUUCUUGGUAUCCUUAAAUAUAAACCUCCAGGAAAUGCCACGGACAUGAGUACCUUUCGUCAGGGUCUGGUGAUUGGAAGUAAACCUGUAAUUUACCCAGUGCUCCACUGGCUUCUUCAGAGGACUAAUGAACUGAAGAAAAGAGCAUAUUUAGCCCGUUUUUUAAUAAAGCUUGAGGUACCCAAUGAGUUUCUUCAGGAUGAAACUGUGGCUGAUACCAAUAAACAGUAUGAAGAAUUGAUGGAAGCCUUUAAAGCUUUGCAUAAAGAAUGUCAGCAACUUAAGACAUCUGGAUUUUCUACAGCAGAAAUAAGAAGGGAUAUCAGUGCAAUGGAGGAAGAAAAGGAUCAGCUCAUUAAGAGAGUUGAACGUUUGAAGAAAAGGGUGGAGACAGUUCAGAAUCAUCAACAGAUGCUUAAAAUAGCAAGACAACUUCGAGUUGAAAAAGAGAGAGAAGAACUUCUUACACAACAAAAACAGGAACAAAAGAAUCAGCUAUUUCAUGCAGUGCAGAGACUGCAAAGAAUACAAAACCAGCUGAAAAGUAUGCGCCAUGCAGCUGCCGAUGCAAAGCCUGAAAGUUUAAUGAAGAGACUAGAGGAGGAGAUAAAGUUUAAUUCAUAUAUGGUAACUGAAAAAUUUCCUAAAGAAUUAGAGAACAAGAAAAAAGAAUUGCAUUUUUUACAAAAAGUGGUUUCAGAGCCUGCUAUGGGCCAUUCUGAUCUUCUUGAACUUGAAUCUAAAAUAAAUGAAAUAAACACACAGAUCAAUCAGCUGAUUGAAAAGAAAAUGAUGAGAAAUGAGCCAAUUGAGGGCAAACUCUCACUGUACAGGCAACAGGCAUCCAUCAUUUCUCGUAAAAAAGAAGCAAAAGCGGAGGAACUUCAGGAAGCAAAGGAGAAGUUAGCCAGCCUAGAGAAAGAGGUGUCAGUGAAGACAAAUCAGACCCGGGAAUUUGAUGGCACUGAAGUUUUGAAGGGAGAUGAGUUCAAACGAUAUGUCAGUAAACUUCGAAGCAAGAGUACAGUUUUCAAAAAGAAGCAUCAGAUAAUAGCUGAAUUUAAAGCUGAGUUUGGUAUCUUGCAGAGGACAGAAGAACUGCUUAAGCAACAUCAUGAGAACAUUCAACAUCAACUGCAAACUACUGAGGAGAAAAGGGGUAUAUCUGGAUAUAGUUACACUCAAGAAGAGCUAGAAAGAGUAUCCGCACUGAAGAGUGAAGUUGAUGAAAUGAAAGGACGAACACUGGAUGACAUGUCUGAAAUGGUAAAAAAACUGAAUUCACUGGUAUCUGAAAAGAAGUCAGCUUUAGCCCCAGUUAUAAAAGAACUACGACAGCUGCGUCAGAAAUGUCAAGAACUAACCCAGGAGUGUGAUGAAAAGAAAUCCCAGUAUGACAGCUGUGCGGCAGGCCUCGAAAGCAAUCGUUCCAAAUUAGAACAGGAAGUCAGAGGACUCCGUGAAGAAUGUCUUCAAGAAGAAAGUAAAUACCAUUAUACAAAUUGUAUGACUAAGAACCUACAAGUACAGCUUCGUCGUGCUACUGAUGAGAUGAAGGCAUAUGUCUCUUCCGAUCAACAAGAAAAAAGAAAGGCAAUUAGGGAACAGUAUACCAAAAAUAUUGCUGAACAGGAAAACCUUGGAAAGAAACUUCGGGAAAAACAAAAAGCUGUACGAGAAAGUCAUGGUCCAAAUAUGAAACAAGCAAAAAUGUGGCGUGAUUUUGAACAAUUGAUGGAAUGUAAGAAGCAGUGCUUUCUGAAACAACAAAGCCAAACUUCCAUUGGUCAGGUAAUUCAGGAGGGAGGAGAGGACCGGCUGAUACUCUGAAUUCAUGUGUCAUCAUUUGGGGUUUUAGUUAAUACAACCAGCUAUGAUCAUAAUCCCAUGCUGUAUUUCUUUUCUUGAAAGUGGUUUGUACAACAUUUUGCUUUCAGAUUAGCCAUUCCCUAUUAAGUCUUCUUGGAAAAUAAUGUUAAGGUAGAUUUUGGUUUCAAAGUUUUUUAAUAUGGAAAAAAAAAAGGCUUUUAUUUUUGCUUAGUUUAGACAUCAGUGGUGUCUUCUGAGUUUUAUGAGACAGGAGACUAAGUUUACUAUCUGUAAAUGUAAACAUAUUUCCAUUAAGAAACAUGUAGUUCUUUUUAAAUGUAAUAAGCCAAUGGCUUAAUGUUUUUCUUAAUCUUUUUUUAACUUUAGAAGAAUCUUUUAGGAACUAAUAUCUCUUGUUUUGAAGAAACAUUAAUCUGAAGUUCAGCAAUUCCUACAGUUUCACUUCAGUUUCUUUUUCUUCUGUAAAAUUCAAGAAAAUUUAAUAUUUUGAAUAACAUUUGUUCUAUUUGUAUUAUUUAAAGGCAAAUAAAACUCAGUGCACAAAUCAUGGCUAUUUAUUUAAAAAU